ACAACACAAUCUCACAACAAUUACACACUAAACAAAAUUCAAUUUUGCAUCUCCAUUUCUCGAGAAACUUUCGUUUUCGUAGACUUAUAAAACCAUGGGUCAUGGCACUAACAGAGUAGAAGACAUGGCGUCACCAAACAAUGGAACCGCAGGAGAAACGGUCGUGGAGAUACACAGCGUUUGUCUACCGCCGAAGAAAACAGCGUUUCAGAAACUGAAAAAACGCGUUGGGGACGUGUUCUUCCCUGAUGAUCCGUUACAGAGGUUUAGGAACCAAACAUGGAGAAACAGAGUGAUUCUAGGUCUUCAAAGCUUGUUCCCGAUAUUCACAUGGGGUUCUCAGUACGAUCUCAAGCUUCUUAGGUCCGAUGUUAUCUCUGGUCUCACCAUUGCCAGUCUCGCCAUUCCUCAGGGAAUCAGCUAUGCAAAGCUAGCAAACUUACCACCUAUAGUUGGUCUUUAUUCAAGCUUUGUGCCACCACUGAUAUAUGCAGUUCUUGGGAGUUCAAGACAUCUUGCAGUUGGUCCUGUCUCAAUAGCAUCACUUGUGAUGGGCUCAAUGCUAAGUGAAAGUGUUUCACCAACACAAGAUUCAAUUCUAUAUCUCAAAUUGGCUUUCACUUCAACUUUCUUUGCUGGUGUCUUCCAAGCCUCCCUUGGCCUUCUUAGGCUAGGAUUUAUGAUUGACUUUUUGUCAAAGGCAACUUUGAUUGGUUUCACUGCUGGUGCUGCAGUUAUCGUGUCACUUCAACAACUUAAGGGUCUUCUUGGAAUUGUUCAUUUCACUGGCAAAAUGCAAAUUGUUCCUGUCAUGUCUUCUGUUUUCAACCAUAGAUCUGAAUGGUCUUGGGAAACUAUUGUCAUGGGGAUUGGCUUCUUGAGCAUUCUCUUAACCACAAGACACAUUAGCAUGAGGAAGCCAAAACUGUUCUGGAUAUCUGCUGCAUCACCUUUGGCAUCGGUUAUUAUAUCAACUCUGCUUGUAUACCUCAUUAGAUCCAAGACUCAUGCCAUCUCUUUCAUUGGACAUCUACCAAAGGGUUUGAAUCCACCUUCAUUAAACAUGUUGUACUUCAGUGGUGCUCAUCUUGCUCUUGCCAUCAAAACCGGUAUCAUCACCGGGAUUCUUUCUCUUACAGAAGGGAUUGCUGUAGGGAGAACCUUUGCAUCUCUAAAGAACUAUCAAGUUAAUGGAAACAAAGAAAUGAUGGCUAUAGGUUUUAUGAACAUGGCUGGUUCUUGCACCUCUUGCUAUGUUACAACAGGGUCUUUCUCUCGAUCUGCGGUAAACUAUAAUGCUGGAGCGAAAACAGCGGUUUCUAACAUUGUGAUGGCCUCUGCAGUUCUAGUGACCCUUCUGUUUUUGAUGCCACUCUUCUAUUACACUCCUAAUGUGAUCCUAGCUGCUAUCAUCUUAACCGCGGUGAUAGGCCUCAUUGAUUAUCAAGCGGCUUACAAGCUUUGGAAAGUUGACAAAUUCGAUUUCUUCACUUGCUUGUGUUCCUUCUUUGGCGUUCUCUUUGUUUCUGUACCUCUUGGCCUAGCAAUAGCAGUGGCAGUUUCAGUUAUCAAGAUCUUGUUGCACGUAACCAGGCCAAACACUUCAGAAUUUGGGAAUAUCCCAGGGACUCAGAUUUAUCAGAGUCUUGGAAGAUACAGAGAAGCUUCAAGAAUCCCAGGCUUCCUAAUCCUUGCUAUUGAAUCUCCUAUAUAUUUCGCCAAUAGCACUUAUCUUCAAGACAGGAUUUUGAGAUGGGCCAGGGAAGAGGAAAAUCGGAUAAAGGAGAACAAUGGUACUACCUUGAAAUGCAUAAUUCUUGACAUGACAGCUGUGUCUGCGAUAGACACAAGCGGGCUUGAAGCGGUGUUUGAACUUAGGAGGAGACUCGAGAAGCAAUCUCUUCAGCUUGUGCUGGUGAAUCCUGUGGGGACUGUGAUGGAAAAGCUACACAAGUCCAAGAUCAUUGAGGCAUUGGGUCUGAGUGGACUUUAUCUAACAGUUGGUGAAGCUGUGGCUGAUCUCUCAUCAACAUGGAAAGCUAAUGGCCAGCCUUGAAACAAAGCAGUCUCUAAUCUAAUAGAGAGACUGUUUCUGAAGAUGGAGCAGCCUCUUGUGAAACAUUUUUGGUGCUAGCUGAAAACUCCUUGAGGGAGUUUCUGUUUUAAUUGUAGAAUAAAUGUAAUUUCAUCUUUUAACAAUUCGGUAUGUAUACAUAAUUUGGAUAUAAAUAGCCUAUGCAAAGCAUUUAUCUUCUCAUUUUAUACUUUCUAUAA